UUCAGUCUACUUUUUCGUAAAAGCAUGAAAAUUAUGCGUUCGUGGUUGCCCUACUCCAUAAUUCUGUUAUUCGUCUCGUCCUGCGUUACUAGUAAAGUUCGUCAGAAGCGGCAGGAUCAACGACUUGCAAUUGACUGCAGCAAACAAAAUUUCAAAUCGCAUGACACAAAAUGCUGCACCAAUUCAGGAAGGAACCUUUUUACUGAUGAUCAACUCUCAGCUUGUAAUUCAAUGAACGACAAAACACUUGUCAAGUGGGCUAACAAUUACAUGCUCAAUAGCCUGCAAGCUGGCAGAAAUGGGAACAGCAUCGAACUAAAUGACUGGAAAAUUUCGCUGAAAAUUUGCGCCGCGGCUGACUUUCUGAAUUGUGUGUUCAACUCAAAUGGGCUUUUGUUUUCAAAUGGAAGUGUCGACAUGCAAUCCUCAAUUGCAACUUUCAACGAAACACAAAACGACGACUUUUGGAAGAGCACAAUUAGCAACGGCGUCCCAAAAUUUAAUGUUCUGGUCAAAGAUAUAAUGCCUGAAACGAUCAAGUCCAUCUCUUGUCCAGGAGAAGUGCAAAAUGAACCAAUGAGAACUGUGUCAGCCAUUCCAUUCUUGUGGACGCAAAUUGUAAACGGCGCCUUUAUAACGCAUUGUCCGAAUCAAAUAACUAAGGGUGGAGGAUGCAGAAAAAUGAUCAAAAACUUCAAUUUCUGCAUUACCAAAGUGGAAGAUUUUCUACUUGGGCAGCAAACAGCUCGAAUUGCAGCUAUCAAGACAAAAAACAUAUUUAAUUUUCAGAAUUGAAACAUCAGAAAUUAUUUGUUAACAACAUUUAAAGAUGGUUGUACAAACAAGAUUUGGAAUAAAA